GUCCGGAGCGGAGCCGGGCGCUGCGGGGCCAACGCGGCUCCUGGAGGGUGCUGGAAUUCCGUGCGCGCCCGGCAGCGCCGCUGUCCGUGUUGUUGGGGCCCGUGCUGAGCGCCAGCACGGUGCAGAGGGACACGAUUCGCUGUGAGGCUGAACGCGCCCCGACGGGCUGCGGGGCUGCGGGUCCCCCCGUGGGCUGGCGGGGUGUGAGGCUGCACCGAGGAUCACGGAGAUCACGGCUGCGGGGUGGCCGCGCUGUUGGUCAGCUGUGAAGGACGCUGGGAGCCGAGCACAAAUGGGCUGUGCUGCUGGGAUAGCCGGGAUGUCGGGGCCUCCAGCUGUCUGGGAAACCACAGUGAUGUCGGAACAGCCCGGCUCCCUGGAGCUCCUCAGGCUUCUGAACAAGGGAUAAAGAGGAGCCCUGUCAUCGGUGUGCUCCUUCUGUGCCCUCCCGUGACAUCCCUCGGGGAAGCCUGUCUCUUUCUGUUACCCGGGGUUUGGUGGCACUGGGCUCAUUGCAGAGAGGCGUAGCUUCCUGCAGGAGAUAAGGCUGGCGCCCGUGUCUACCUGCCUGCACCCGUGUGUCCCUGGCACCUCCUGCCCUGUGGCACCAUGAGCCUGAGCCUGGCUGCCACUGCCCUGCGUGGGGUGCUCCCAGAGCACCUGCCUGGGGAUGGCUGCAGGGCUGAGGAGCAGGAGGAACAGCAGGCACAGUUGUCAGGUGGCUGCCUGGGUUGACCCCUGCUCAUUAAGUGGCACAUGGGAUGUGAGGCCUUUGGUAGGGAAAGCGAACUGUUAAAGGGGGAACAGGCUGGUAAGACUGGCAUCAGAAUGCUGAGAGGGCUGUUGGAACACUCCAUUGCUUUUAUCAACAUUUCUUACCACAAACACCAGCUCUUCCUGGGAUCCUGGGACUGUAUAACAGUGCAGCAGCUUUGGGCUGUGGGGAGGGAGGCUGGUGGAAGGGCUGAUGCACAGACCCCUGACUGCCUCUGUUCCUUGGGCAGGGGCUCCGCUGGCACAGAUGUCUCUUUCCUUUGAAUAAAGUCAGUGCGUGGCCGUUGUUGCAGUUCUCCAUUCUUCCUGUCGUGUGGCACUCCUUGCUCCAGUGUGAUGAGUUUUCUCUGCAGGGAGGACACCUAGAUCAGCGUUUGUAUGGAACCGAGGAGAUAGAAUCGUGGAACUGUUGGAGUUGGAAGGGACCUUUAAAAGCCAUCUACUCCCAUUCCCCUAUAGUGUACAGGGACACCUACAGCUAGAUAGGUUGCUCAGAGCCUGGUCCAGCCUGACCUUGCUGGCUGUCAUUUGUUUAAACAGUUGCAUGGCUUUUGCUGCUGGGCUUGUGUGUGUGAAAUAUCAAGUGCUUCUGAACUGACGUUUGAAAUAGUGAGUCUUAGUGACAAACUCAGGUGAAGUGAAAACAAUUCUCAUCUUAACAAGCGAGAAAAAAGAGCAGAGCUGCUUCCAUGUCUGCCUGAGGACAAAAAGCUGUUUCAUCCUCAAGUGUCAGCCUGCAAGCAGUCUCUGUCCUCCUGUGCCCUGUGCAGAGCAAGCAGCUGGAGUUCCUUUGCUGCUAGAAGUGCUGCAAGAGCUUGCAGUAGGACACAUGACAUUAAAUAGGCUAACCAGGCUGCAGUGCUGUUUCUUUCCUUUGCCUGCUUCUUCCCUUCUGCAUCGUGAGCACCUCCCAGCCCUUCCUUUCUGUGCCUCUGGCUUGCAGCCUGUGUGCUCUGCCCUAUUUCUGUUCCUAACCCAGCCUGUUUGCUUUCUGAUCUGCAGCGAUGUAAGAUCGUGUCUUCUCCCCAGCCUCCACGUGCGCUCCAGACAAGGUCUGCUCAUAGGGCACCCGGGGAACCCCCCUCCCUGGGCCUCGUGCCCUGUCCCCGUUGCCUGUCCUGCCCGCUCGCUGCUCCGCCUGUCGCUUUAUCUAAUCUCAACCCGAGGGUGGCUGCUGCAGCAGGGAGGCGGAUGGGUGAGAUCUGGAGGUCAGUCGCUGCACACGGAUGGGGAGGAAGGAGCACGAGGGAGCGCUGGAAAGGAGUGCGUCCAGGAACACGUGACAGCCGGGUCUGGCGGUGCUGGGUCAUGGCGUGGCUCACAUGGCCGUGGUGCAUGUCUGCUUGUUAUGUCACUACAUGCCGCCUUUUUUUCUUGCCUUAGGGGGUGUGAUAGCUUACAUCAGCUCCUCGAGCUCAGCAUCUAGCCCAGCCUCAUGUCACAGCGAGAGCUCAGACAGCGGUUUCCAGUCAUCCUCUUCGCCUGUACCAUCUUCUCCGAACAGCUCCUCCUCGGAAAGCAGCUGCAAUGGUCGGAGCAGCGAGGGGUCCGAUGGGGCACCAAAGAGUGAGCGGCUAGAGGAGACUGUUAAACCCAGCCAGUCGGGUGUUGCUGGCUUGACAAAAGGCCAUAACGGAGUCACAAAAUUCAAUGGAAUGGUUCUUCUUUGCAAGGUCUGUGGAGAUGUUGCUUCAGGAUUUCAUUAUGGUGUUCAUGCCUGUGAGGGCUGCAAGGGUUUUUUCAGAAGAAGCAUUCAGCAAAACAUCCAGUAUAAGAAGUGCUUGAAGAAUAACAACUGCUCUAUAAUGAGAAUGAAUAGAAACAGAUGCCAGCAGUGUCGUUUCAAAAAGUGUCUGUCUGUUGGAAUGUCAAGAGAUGCUGUUCGAUUUGGCCGCAUUCCUAAACGUGAAAAGCAGAGGAUGCUGAUUGAAAUGCAGAGUGCCAUGAAAACCAUGAUGAACAGUCAGUUCAGCGGUCACUUACCCAAUGAAGCGUUAGCCGAACAUCAAGAUCAAGCACCUCAAGAUGACCUUUCCUCUAAACCCAAGCAAGAGCGGGAAACCCUCAAAAGCCCUUCUCCUCCUCCUAGCUCUGACAUGGCUAAGGAAGAGGUGAUUGGUAUGGUCACUAGGGCCCACAAAGAUACUUUCAUGUACAACCAAGAACAGUCUCAAAACCCAGCAGAGAUGAUGCAGUCCCAGAGUGGGGAGAGGGUGUCAAAGAACACUGAACAAUACAUGUUGAGCAGCGAGCACUGUGUUAGCGGGCUCAGUGGCCCUCAGUACCCUGAAAGUGAGCAACACCUAGGCGGACAGUACAAAGGGAGAAGCACAAUGCAUUAUCCAAGUGGGCACGCCAUAUGUUUCACAAAUGGCCACUGCAUGAACUUCACCAACGGUUACACUCAGCGACUGUGCGAUAGAAUCCCAGAAGAUGUCUUUUCUUCAAACAGAAAUACCACUUAUUCAUGCAGCACUGGAGGAAGAAUGCAUCUGGUCUGCCCAAUGAGUAAGACUCCCCACGUGGACCCAAACAAGUCUGGCCAUGAAGUCUGGGAAGAGUUCUCGCUGAGCUUUACUCCUGCAGUGAAAGAAGUGGUGGAGUUUGCCAAGCGCAUCCCAGGGUUCCGAGAUCUCACACAACAUGACCAGGUUAACCUUCUGAAGGCUGGGACCUUUGAGGUUUUAAUGGUACGGUUUGCAUCUUUGUUUGACGCAAGGGAGCGUACUGUCACCUUCCUCAGUGGAAAGAAGUACAGUGUGGAUGACUUGCAUUCAAUGGGAGCUGGUGAUCUACUCAAUUCCAUGUUUGAAUUUAGUGAGAAACUAAAUGCCCUGCAACUUAGUGAUGAGGAGAUGAGUUUAUUUACAGCAGUUGUCCUGGUAUCUGCUGAUCGCUCUGGAAUAGAAAAUGUCAAUUCUGUGGAGGCACUUCAGGAGACACUAAUCCGUGCAUUAAGGACCUUAAUCAUGAAAAAUCACCCAAACGAAGCCUCUAUUUUCACAAAACUUCUUUUGAAGUUACCUGACUUGCGUUCCUUAAACAACAUGCACUCUGAAGAACUCUUAGCCUUCAAAGUUCACCCAUAGGCCUUUAGGUUUCAUUUGUACUUGGACUUGCCUCGUGUUAAACUGUUUCGUGCUAUAAUACGUAUUUAUACAGUUGUACCACUUGCUGGAGAGAGAGUUCACAGACUGUGAGCAAUUGAUAGCUGUUCCAUAACCAUGCAAUAAUGCUUCAGCAGGUGCUUUCAGCUAACAUCAGUGCAGCAUUCAGAGUCCUCCAAGACAUCCAGACCCGGCUGUGCUGCACUUCCGUAGAAGAGGUGGCAAUGAGCCUGAGUAAAUAUGGACUGUUCUUUCACUUAGAAAAAGAACCACCACUGCCCUCUCAUGUAAACUGAAUGCAGAAUAGCUACGUGUGUACAUAUGGAAUGUGGAAUGGGGGGAACAAUCCUGUGUUAAUAGGAAAAUCAAAGAGCUGAUUUAAUUGGUCUUUCCCUUAUCUAAUAUAUGUAUGUCUGUGUCUCUUGGUAAUUCACUCAUGGUUUCACUGUUGUUAUUCCAUUAAACCUGAUGGAAUGAUUUCAGCCUGCACCAACUCUUCACUGAGUGUGUUCAUGCCAUGUGUAUAUAAUAUAAAUAGCUAAGUAAUGGGUGUUUAUGACUAUAAAGUACAGAGUUGUGUGUAUAUAUGUGUAUGUAUAUAAAUAGUUCUAUACAUAAAGUAUACAUAUAAUUUCUUCACAAUAUUUUAAACUGUGAAGGAAUUUAAACUUACAAAAGAAGGUGAUCUAUGGAAAGAACCAAAUAGAUGCACUUUGCAUUUUGCUGAACUAAUAAUCUGAGCAUUUCUAAUUUUUAGAAAACAUCAAAUUUGCAUUAAUAAGCUGUGUUUGUUAAUUUGGAAAAAAAAAAAAAACCAACAAAAACAUAGAGUGUUACCAAAGGGGCAGAGUCAGAUUCAACUUCUGGAAUGGCUUCUAGAGAACCGUCAAUGGAGAUGACAGUUCAUGGCACUACUGAGGUUGGCUGUCCGUGGCCACUGAGGUUCGUACACUCUGUUAAUGUUUAAAGAAGCACCAGAUGCUCUUCAAAAACUUCAGCACAGCCGGAAAGAAACUAUCAGAUGAAUAAUAGCAUUUGAAGAAAAAAAUAUGUUCUAAUGCUUACCCAUAGUUGCAUUUGGGUGUGUGUGUGUGUGUUCUGUGACCAUUUAUUUCUUACCGUGUGUCAUUUUGCUGCUUCAUCGCUAAAUGAGAAUUUAAUAUAGGAAUGGGAGAUUCCCUGUGUCUCUUCACAAUCCAGGCUUUGUGGUUCCCAUGCCUGUUAUUCUGGAGCUCUCCACUUCUGUGUGUGCGUAUGUGUGUAUGUGCAAGGAAGGUGCACUGGAUGGUCUGGAUAUUUUUCUUAAAAAAAACCAAAACAUACAAAAAAAAAAACCCACAACCCCCCAGAUGAGACUUUUUGUUCAUGCCAGUAGCAAACUGCAAAGCAGAUCCUUGAGAUUCUGCUGGUUUUUUUCCAUCUAGGAAAGCAGUUGUCCAUGGGUUUUCGCCAUUUGUAGCAGGACCUGAUGCCAGAAAAGAGAUUAAAACAAGUCAAAGCAGUUGUGUUAAGUACUUGUGUUUGUUUUGCUAACAUGGGAAGAAGAUGCUCUGUUACUCUUGUGUUUAGUUAGCCUACCUGAGAGAGAAAUCCUCGGGGCUAAACUAAGCCAUACUAAAUGUCUGGUGAUGUCUAGAUGUGUGCAUUAGCUCAGGCCGUAAGCCAGGAAGCCCUCUGACUGCAGGAGUCCUGCUGGCCAUGCAGGAGCAGCUCUUGAGCAGCAGUGAGAGACAGGAACCCUUGCUGCUGCAGCAGGCCUGGAGGAGCUGCAGACCUCCCUCCAUCUCCCCAGGAGCAUGAGGAGCAGCUCAGGCCCCCACUCUUGGUUGGUCAUCCUCGGACUGGGAUUUCUGCUCAGAAGUCGGUAAGCAUUCUUCCCAAAGGAUGGGGAGCAGAUGGGGGCAGGUGCUGAGUGAGAGGGAACUGAAGGCAACCAGCUUCAGCCUUGGCUAAAUCAGAGGAGCGCGCCUUCACCCCUCCUCAGCUGCUGCAGGGAGUGUUGUUCCGCUUCACGCUGCCUGAACCACUGGAUGAUAGCCCCCUAAUACCUGUAGAUUGCUAUCCGAAUGUGCUACCAGGGCAUAUUGUCCUAAUAUCUGUUAACAGUCUGCAUCCUACCAGUAUUACUUGUAUGAGAGCUUUACUGAGUUACGCAUCGAACCAUUCAGACUUCAGAAAGGACACAGUUGUGUCUUGUAUCAUCUAGGAGCUGGAAUGACUUUGUAGGCCCAUUUCAAAUGCAGAAAGUAAAGUUAACCCUUGGUUGUUUGGGGAAGGAAGGAGGCUUCUCACAGAGGUUGCCACCCUACAACUGUGUUCUCUUUAGUUUUGUUUUCUUUUCUUAAAACUGUAUUAUUAAGCCUUUAGGAAUGUAUAACCAGGACUGAGUAAUUACCGCUUAUUAAAUUUUUAGUUAGAAUGACCAUUUAUGCCUAUAGAUAGAUAAUUGAACUUGUACAACUUCAUUUGAUAUAAAUCUUCCUCUACAUAAUGGAAAAAACUCAUGUAACAGAAAGAAGCCCCAAACAGAUUGACUGAAUGCAAAAGCUGAUAGAAGUACUGUUCAAAAGUGACCUGCAUACUGCAAACCCUAGCUGGACUCUUAGAAGCAAAUCAGAACUCCUUGUAUUAGCCAUGUAUCGUGAGCUCUUCUUUUCCUGUGUCACUGGUUAUACACUUGUUAAAUGCUGAGAUAAUAGACUUCAUGGCAGGCAUUUGAGUACUGUAGAUUGGGUCAUCGCUGAAAGAUUAAUGUACUGUAUGACUUCAAUGAAAUUUUUAUUCUUGAUUUUAUUCUUGAUUUUUGUUCUCGUUUUAAAAGAUUAAAUAUGGGCAUUAUGUCAGCAAGCUGAA